AUGACAGUUAUCCGGCAAAUUUUCCCCCUCUCAAGGGACAACAAUCAGAGAUGCAUGAGGAACAAUCACCGAAUAUCAUCACUGCUGUGUGAUCCACAAGAAGGCUAUCUUCAGAUGCUGCAGGUUUCCAACCUGUACCUGUAUGACAGUGUGCUCAUGCUGGCCAAUGCUUUCCACAGAAAACUGGAGGACAGGAAAUGGCACAGCAUGGCAAGUCUGAACUGCAUGAGGAAAUCCACCAAACCUUGGAAUGGAGGACGAUCCAUGCUAGAGACUAUUAAGAAGGGCCAUAUAACUGGGCUUACUGGUGUUAUGGAGUUCAGAGAAGAUGGCGCCAACCCCUAUGUUCAGUUUGAAAUACUGGGCACUAGCUACAGCGAAACAUUUGGCAAAGAUGUGCGGAGG